AUGAUGCGAUUGAAUAAUGAUUCGCUGACUUCAAUAGGAUCAAACAAAGACAAGAAGUUACCCCCAAUCCCGAAUUCACAGGAAAAUGAAGCAAAAACCACCAAUAUUAUACCAAAUGAGGAUCUGAUAUUAGAAUCCAAGACAUUGAAACGUAAGAAUUUCAAGAAAUUGUCAUUAGACUCACCAUCAACAACAUCUACACCAUCAGCAUCGCAAGCAGAAAAUACGUCAACAGACAUGGGAUUACGAUACCCACCUAGCUCUAAGUCGGGUAGAAUUAGACCAGCACCAUUGAUGAAUUUAAACAGGAACUCACAGGGUAAAUUAAACAUCAAUCAAAGUAAUAGAAAUAUAGACCCAGAUACACAGUCGUCUACGGAUGUUAUUAUAAACCAUUUUUCGAAUCUUGAGUUAUCAAAUAUGAAUAAGAGGAACCCUUCGAUUGCAAGCAGAAAAAGACAAACAGUUAUUUCCUCCAUAUCUCCAACGAAAUCUAGUGCAUCAUCUCCGAACGAUGCAAAUUUGAAUUCUCUAAACUUAACAGAUCAACAAUCGCCUAUCGCGACGACAUCCUCGAUAAAAUUGAAUAAUAAUGACUUGUUGACGUUGAAGAAUUUGGGUUCUGGGAACUCAGGGACUGUUUCGAAGAUCCUUCAUAUUCCAACACAGAAAACAAUGGCUAAAAAAAUAAUACAUAUCGAUCUGAAAAGUGUCAUUCAGACUCAGAUAAUAAGGGAGUUACGGAUAUUACACGAAUGCCAAUCUCCAUUUAUUAUUGAAUUUUACGGAGCUUUUAUUAAUAAUAACAACACAAUAGUGAUUUGCAUGGAAUACUGUAAUUGUGGGUCUUUAGAUAAAAUCUUACCACUUUGUCAGAAUAAUCAAUUUCCCUUAUUUGUAUUAAAGAAGUUGUCCUAUGCAAUUCUAUCGGGGUUAACCUAUUUAUAUUCUACGCAUAAAAUCAUCCAUCGAGAUAUUAAACCAAGCAAUGUCCUAAUGAAUCAUAAAGGUGAAUUUAAAUUAUGUGAUUUCGGUGUCCUGAGAGAAUUGACUAAUUCGCUCGCGAUGGCGGACACUUUUGUGGGGACAUCAACAUAUAUGUCACCAGAGAGAAUACAAGGUUUGACUUAUGGUGUAAAGUCAGAUGUUUGGUCUAUGGGUUUAAUGUUGAUCGAAUUAGCAAGGGGAAUCCCUGUUUGGGUAGACGAUGGUGAGGAGGAAGGUCCUCAAGGCCCUGAGGGUAUUCUAGAUUUGUUGCAAAGAAUCGUCAACGAGGCGCCUCCUUCCUUAGCCAAUAAGACUAACACAACAACAAAUCAACCGUUCGAUGAUAUAUUAUGUAAAUUUAUCGAUUCUUGUCUAAUAAAGGAUGACAAUUUGAGAAAAUCACCAUGGGAUUUAUUAAAUGAACCCCAAGGAUUCAUAUCGGGAGUCGAAAAGGGGCUUUACGAUAAAGACGUCAAGGUGUGGGCCAAAGGGAUAAGAAAAUUGCAUAAAGAAAAGAAUGAGAGUUAG